CAUCUGUUAUGUUCGUACGUUGAAUAUAAGCAAGAGGAUCUUCGGCGCGCGUCCAUACAUUACUCUACCGAGACCUUGUGCGCUACGGAAGGACGCAGCCCCUACACGAAAACAUCCCGCCAUUUUCGAACUAGCAUUUACGCGGGAAAGUCAUAUGCGAUUGUUUUUUUUUAUUUUAAUUUUAAGUUAAGAAUAAUUGUGUGUGGAACAAUUAAAAGGAAUAAAAAAGUUGCUGCUAUAAUGAAGAGAUAAUAAAAAAAUCAACACAUUGCAUAAAAUACAUCUAAUAUCCUAUUACUGUAUUAUUGAGUACUAAUAUGUGUUUUGUAAAACUGCCAUUAAUUUUACUCCUAUUAUACUUUAGUUAUGUCAUAACAGAUGAAUACGAUACAACUACGGAGAAACAUAGAAAGGAACGUGUUAAUGGUCGGAUAGUUAAAUUAUAUUCAGAUACCAGUCCGGAAUCUGUUACAUGUCACAAGGAAGGAUUUCAAGCGGAUUUUAAAGACUGUUCGGUCUUUUAUCGUUGUCUAAAAGGAAAUAAUGAAAAGUAUACAGUGUUUAGGUUUCAAUGCGCUCCGGGCACAAUUUACGACCCUGAAAAGGAAUUGUGUAAUUACCCUCAUAGUACGAGACGUGCUGAUUGUAGUACUGAAUUAUUCAGCAAUGAAGGAAAGCAUGAGAACGAAAUAGAAAAUGUUUUGCAAGAAUUACCUCAACCCAUAAAAACUACUAACGUCCCACUAAACUUCAUAGAUUCCAAAAAUCCAUCAUCAUUUGAAUAUUAUAAUGAACUAUCCGAAAAUCAACACAAUAUAUCACAGUAUCCACCGAUAAUUUCCAAUACGAAUGAUAAUACAAUCCCGCCACAUACUAUUGUAUCACAAAAUAACAAAGUAACACAUUCAUCAAAUAUUCCAAAUCAGAUAAAACAAGAAGGAGAGCCUUGUAUUUCACAUGGUUUUAUGGGAGAUACCAAAAAUUGCAAAAAGUUUUAUAGAUGUGUAAGUAAUUUACGGGGAGGAUUUAUCAGAUACGAAUUUCUAUGUAGCGAUGCCACUAUAUGGGAUGAUAGUAUACAGGGUUGUAAUCAUGCUUGGUUAGCUCGCAACACGCGUUGUGGACGUGUCAAUAAAUAUGAAGAAUAUACAGACACAUUUGGCGAUAAAAAACAAACAGAGAAAUUACCCAGUAAUGCAGAUUUUGAAUACAAACCUCAAAAUAAUCAAGGAUAUGUUGUAAAUCUAAUGGAGUCCGAAAAAGGAAAUGAUGUCUUACAAAAUCAAUCACAAGCGUAUGGAGAAGUACCAACAACAACAACCAGUGAAAUACCGCAAACAACCUCAACCCAAAUAACAACAUCAGGUUAUAUACCAGUACAAAUUAAUUAUGGGGAUAAAAUAUUACAAAAUGAAUAUUCUCCUUCUCACACUCCAUUUAGUGAAAAUGAAUAUAAUAAUAACGAGGAAGAUGUUGGUAGCAACUUUAUUAUUGAUCAAAAAAAGAAUGAUCAAUGUUACAAAAAUGGUUUCUUUGGAUAUAGUGAUGAUUGCAGUAAAUUUUAUAGGUGUGUUGAAAGUUCACAAAGAUCCUUUACUAAAUACGAGUUUACUUGUAGUGAAGGUACUGUUUGGGAUGAUACCAUAAAAGCUUGUAAUUUUGCUUGGGCUGUUAAAGAAUGUGGAGCUAAAAAGUUAACUGACAAUAAAUUUACGACAUCAAUUCAAUUCCAUGAUUAUAACACGUUAACUACUCCAGGACAUCUAAGUGAUAUGAAUAAUGGAUAUGGAUUAGGUAAUGAACAAUCUUCGACUGUAUUUGUUGAUAAAUCAAAAAUAACGCCAGAGUCUUUAGUUCAAAGCACAACUUCGAACGUCAUUCCUGAUGAAGAAUUUUAUGACUAUGGAGGAUAUCAACAAAAUAAAAACACAAUCUCAACAGAGAACACAAAUAAAAUAGUAAAUAAACCAUUACAAAUUGACCAAAAAAAAUGUACGAAGUCUGGUUUCAUGGGUGAUAAUAUAGAUUGUAAUAAAUUUUAUCGAUGCGUUGAAAGUGGUAAAGGCACAUUUAUUCAAUAUGAGUUCACUUGUGGCGAAGGUACAGUCUGGGACGCACGAAUAGAAUCAUGCAAUCAUGAAUGGGCUGUUGAAAAAUGUGGUGAUAAAAGUGAAACAGAUAAUAAUAUUCGUGAAACGACUACUACUUUGAGAACUUCUACUAUUAAUGGAUUUAGUACCCAAGGCUACUAUGAAACUACUAGCUUAAGUAAACCAACUACAAGUAGUCCUACAAAAUUAUUUGAGCCCGAUGAGAACAAUAAUAUCUCUAUUUCUACUACAUUACAGCCUAAUGUGAAUACUGAAUCAUCCCAUAAUGUUGAUGCAAUGUCAACUGUGCAAGAUAAAUGUUUAAUGGAAGGAUUUUAUCCGAAUACAGUAGAUUGUAAAAAGUUUUAUCGUUGUGUUAGCGAUGGCAACGGUGGCUAUGUUAAAUAUGAAUUUUCGUGUGGAGAAGGAACAGCUUGGGAUGUUACGAUUAAUUCCUGCAAUCACAUGGAAGUUGUUAAAACGUGCAAUAUUAAGCAAGAAAAUGAAAUAUACGAUGAAUCCAGUCCAAAACCGCCAACCAGUGCAGCGACUACAACUGCAUCGGACAUAAAACUAACUAGUACACAGUCAACAAAUACUAUUCAAACAACUAGUACACAGUCAAUAAAUACAAUUCAACCGAAACCUGAAAAUACAUGUACUGAGGCAGGCUACUUUGGUGAUACUAACGACUGUAACAAAUUCUAUCGAUGUGUAAAUGAGGGCAAAGACAAAUUUAUCAAGUACGAAUACACUUGUGGAGAGGGAACCAUUUGGGACCAAGAUAUAACAGCUUGUAAUCAUCCGCAAGACGUUAAAAGACCAUCUUGCCUAUCGGAUAAUCUAAACAGCUCUACCAUGUCUACGUCAGAUUCAUGGUCAUCUACGUCUACAAUUCAAACACAAAUAAUAACAGAGCCUAGCUCUAUAAGUACGUCAACUAACGUAGAAAAAGAAGCAGAAGCAAUUGAACAAACCACAAAGAUCAUCACAACUAGUUUAAAACCUACCGGCGAUGGUACAGAACAAACAUGUGUUGAAGAGGGAUUUUAUGGAGACACUAAUGAUUGUAAGCAGUUCUACCGGUGUGUUUAUAAUGGAAAAGAUGGAUUUACAAAGUAUGAUUUCACCUGCGGUGAAGGUACAAUAUGGGAUCAAGAUGUAGUAGCAUGUAAUUAUCCGACAGAUGUCGAACAUCCCUCCUGUAAAAUGGAAAGCACCUCGACCACAAUGAUGACAUCUCUAGACGUUUCAUCACCAUCAUAUUCUACUACUGAAAAAUUAAGUACUACAACGAUGGCUAUAUCACACAGUUCAUCAACACAGUUAUCAAAUGAAGAAGGUAGCACUCUGAGUACAGUAAAUGGUAAUAAUCCAAUUACAUCCACUCAACAAAUUAUUGAACACACAACAAUGAAUUCAGAAUCUAUUAAAACUUCAACAGAGUAUCUGAAUGUGAAUAACAAAGACUCUUGUUAUAAUGAAGGAUUUUUCGGAAGUUCUGGUGAUUGCAAGAAGUUUUAUCGAUGUGUUUACAAUGACAAAGAUGGUUUUAUUAAAUAUGAUUUUACCUGCGGUGAAGGAACAAUAUGGGACCAAGAAAUAACAGCUUGCAAUCAUCCAGAAGAUGUCAAAAAUCCAUCUUGCUCCCUAGAAAGUACAGACAGUUCAUCGACUACAAGUAAAGAUUUUACUUCAUCAACAAAUAGUUAUUCGUCAACAACAAUAACGAGUAGUAGGCCUUCAUCUGUUAUUUCUAGUACCACACAUAGUCCUGGAGGUGAAAACAUAAACAAAGAUGACAAUGUGAAUCAUACUACAACUGAACAGCAAGAAAAAGGUAAUUUUACUUGCAGUGAGGCUGGUUUUUAUCCAAAUCCCAACGACUGCAAAAAGUUUUACAGGUGCGUCGAUUGGAAUAAUGAUGGUUCUAGUUUUUCUAUAUUUCACUUUGAAUGUGGUGAAGGUACAUUAUGGGACCCUACUUUAAACACUUGCAACUACCAGGAUUCUGUAUAUCCAACUAGGAACUGCAGUGGUUAUCAAACGACAAACAACUCAGAAAGUACAUCAACGGAAUCAACAACAUCCGAUAGUACAUUAACAAGUACAGAAGAAAGUAAUACCUCGACACAGCAAACGACUACCAGUAAACAAAGUACAACACCAUCAAUCACAAGUACAGAAAGUACUACCACACAACAAUCUAUUACGGACGAUUCUACAACAACCAGCCAACAAACAACUUCAGCAGAAAAAUCAACAACCCAAUCUACAAUUUCAACAACUGAUCAAACAACUUCUUCAACCUCUUCUUCACAAGAAACAACGACAACACAAUCUACUAGUUCGACAACUGAUCAGUCGACGUUUUCAACUGCUUCGUUACAAGAUACAACAACAACACAAUCUACCAUUUCGACAACUGAUCAAUCAACUUCUUCAACAUCUUCGUCACAAGAUACGACGACGACGGAACGUUCUAUAACAUCUACCGAACAAACUACACAAACAGAAAAAGUCACUGAAGAAUCAACAACUAGUGAUUCAACAACUCAGACUUCAACUACAGAGCAACAAUCUACAUCUACAACGGAUACUUCGACGACAGAAAACGAUAAAACAACUACGGAAUCAUCGAAACCAACUACUGAGAGCAACUCAUCUAACAGUAAAUGUCCUGAUAUGGAUGACGAUCAGCAUGCUUAUGUAUGUCCUACAUCAUUUAGGAGGCACCCAAAAUAUUGCAAUAUAUUCUAUCAAUGUACCGAAGAAGAAGACAGUCAUGACUUGAAAAUAGCAUUAUUCCAUUGCCCUAAUGGUACAAUUUAUGAUGAAAGUAAAACACAAUGUCUUAAUGAAAGCAAAUCCGCAAAGAAAUGUGAAGGUACAAUGUCCCGAACUCAUCGAAUAAAAAGAUUGAGUGGCGACCAUAUUGAACCGAUGACGGUUAGUACAAAAAGUUACGCAUGUCCAGGAACAGGAUAUUUCCCAUUUGAAGCCAAUCAGGAGUGUUCUCCAGCAUUUCUGAAAUGUCAGCGUUCCAGAACCAAUAAAUUUAAGGGUCUAGUUUACAAAUGUCCAAAAGAUUACGUUUUCUGGACAGUCAGUAAACGAUGUGAAAGAACGACAAGAGUGAGGGAUUGUAACAAAAGUGUAUAUGCAUGGAAUAACAGACAUGACAUACCCACGGAAAUUCGGAAUGUUGCACCAUAAAUAUGAAAAUAUACAAAGAACAAAUUCAUAAUAUGAUAAUGAGUUGCAUGGAAACGUUUAAAUAAGCACUGAUUAUAUUAAUAGCAUACGUACACUUAAUUAAGCCAGUAAAUAGUACUUGAAUCUAGUCUUCAUUAACAAUAGAAAAAUAAUAAUGUGACUCUGUCACAGUAAUUAAUUACAUUACUUGUGAUCAAGAUUGUGUUACAUUUAAUUACAUACAUUAUUUUGAUCACGAUUGGAUUAGCACUUAUAAUGUACCAUGUACAAGUAUAAACGCAAAUAAAUGUUAUGAAAAUACU